GCUCUGGUGUACCCAUAUCCAAUUGCCUUCUCAUCUUUCUCCUGCUCCUCGCUUUCCUCUACAAUCUCUUUAAAAAAAAUCUCAGCAUACAAAACGCUUAAUUGGAAUGGCUUCCUUCUUGCAUUCUAAGGCAGAGAAAGAAGCUGCUACUCCUCUCGAUUCAUUAGCUUUGGAAAAGAUCCGCGAUCAUCGGGAAGUCGAACAGGUCUUUGGCCAAUUCGAUGUGGAUGGCGAUGGGAAGAUCUCCCCGGCUGAGCUUCGGCUCACCAUGAUGAGGACCGUCGGAGAGGAGUUGAACCUCGAGGAGGCCGAAGCGGUGGUGAGGUCGGCCGAUAAGGAUGGCGAUGGGUUGUUGGACUUGGAGGAGUUUGUGGGGUUGGUAGGGGUGGAGGGAGAGGAGGAGAAGGAGAGGGAGCUGAGAGAAGCAUUUGGGAUGUAUGAGAUGGAAGGGGAGGGGUGCAUCACGCCCAGGAGCCUGAAGCGGAUGCUGAGCCGGUUGGGCGCGUCCAGGGAGCUGGAGGAGUGCCGGGCCAUGAUUUGUAGGUUUGACCUUAAUGGGGAUGGGGUGCUUAGCUUUGACGAGUUUAAAGUCAUGAUGAUGUCGUCCUAGAAGCAGUACCUAUACCUACAUCUUUGACUUCUCAAAGCGUUUAUCGGGAUAUGUCAUAAAUUGGGUUUGGGUUGAGAUUUCAACUCAUUGUUUGUAUUCUUUAAUUAUUUUUUUUUAAAGUUUUGUAUUCAUAGCACUAUUGUUUGAUCGUA